AUAUUCUGAUGCAGGAUUAUUUUUGGAGUGAGCUUUUGACGAAGAAGGCUAAAAGAAAACCCCUCCAAACCAACACUAGUCUCUCUCUCUCUCUUGGGGAAAAAAACAUACACGAGAGCCAUACAAGCAAAAAAAAGGGGUGGUCGGGUAAAAAUAAGCAGAUCUCUGCAACUAGGACUCAACAAGACACAGCUCCCACACUAAAAGCGUCCUCACAUACCAACGCUUGGGGAAAAAAAUACACGUGUGCAGUGUGUAAAACGAAGAGUGGUUGGGGUGGGUGGGAAAUGGUACCAUGCUAGUAGUAGCGGACGUUCACCUCUGUAAGAUUGUCUAAUGACGCUGGCAGACCGCUGUAGGUACCCAGAUAAGUUUAUCGCCGCCAUACUGUGAUAAGCUGUAAGAUGAUGCUGGCAGACCGCUGUAGGUACCCAGAUGACACGUUUAUCGCCGCCACUACUGUGAUAAGCUGUAAGAUGAUGCUGGCAGACCUCUGUAUGAUUUCUCGCUAGCUCUGUGCUUCAGACCCGUCAAUCACAACGCACGUGAAGCUGCCUUUUGGCAAACUACCAAUCACCUCGCCUUUAGCAUCUUUUUAGUCCCUUAGACUCCCUCGAGCUAUUCAUUCGAGCAGCAAAACACGUACAUUGAACACGUCGUCCUCUCUCUCUCUCUCUCACACCAACCAUGGAAAUCAAAUGUACUUUGUGCGGUUUACAAUUUACGGCGGUCAAGAACCUAAAUCGGCAUAUGAAAGCCACACACGAAAAGAUAAAAGGUUUUCCAUGUUCUUUGUGUUUUCGAACCUUUUCGCGCAAAGAGCAUCUUGGCCGCCAUGUUGAAAAGGUUCAUCUCCGUCAGCCUUCGACUGCUUUGAUGGCUCCUCCUCCUCCUCCUCCUCCUCCUCAGCCUAAAAAGCAAAAAACCCAGGCGCAGGGUCGGAUAGAAGAAGAUGAGCUUUUAUCACAGUUACCCCCUGAUGUUGAAGAAGUGUAUCGCAAAAACUGGAGCGCAGUCAAAACGCACAAACGGUACGGAAAACAGCAGUCGGUGUUUACGUUCUUUUGGACUCCCAAUGCCACUCCUCUAUGGAGAGAACGUCUCGUGGAUCUUUUUGAUUCUCAAAAGAAGCGUUUUAAAAUUAAUUUUUCCCACUCCUUUUUGUUAAAAAAUAAAACUUCUAAUGAGUUGUCAUUUUUUCAUGCCUCUGCCAACAACCACAGAGCGCUAGAAAGACCCCGUCUGAUUUCUAACAAACAAGAUUUUUUGGACUUUGUAAAUCAAGUUCAAGACCACGACGCGUUGGAGCACGCCCAAAACGAACGUCCCGACAGUAAGGUGGCGGUGGAGGCCAUCAUGUCCACCUCCUUUUAUGUCAACCCCAUCGACGACUUUCCUAUCGGUUGUUGUACAGAGGAUGCUUUACCCGAAUACAUAAAAAAUAACGCAAGCCUGCAUACACUUCAAACAGACCAAAACCACGGGCAGGCGUACCGUGACAAUCUUUGUUUUUUUAGAGCCCUCGCAUUACACCGUGGCGCCAACGUACAUUCGUUACAGACCCCUGCGCGAGAACUGUUCAACCAAUGGUCCGCGUCUGCUUCUUUUUCUGACUUUCCAGGAGUGACCCUGCUAGAUCUGCCGAGUUUAGAAGAUAAAUUUAAAGUAAAUGUCGAUGUUUUUCAGUUUGAUGAAAGUCAGUCUCCUCCCGUUCUCGUCCCCCUCCAGCGGAGCGCGUACAAGUAUACAGACGUUCUCCGUCUUUUACAUUACAAGCAACAUUUCAUGCACAUCAUCGACAUCGACAAGCUCACACACGCGUUCAAAUGUCCCAAGUGCGGAAAACUUUGGAAAAAAAAUUGGAUGAUGGAGCGACACGAAAAGACAUGUCAGGGGGAUAAGGUAAAAGAGACGUAUCAAGGCGGGGUCUAUCAGGGUACACCCUCCGUCCUGGAAAGUUUACAGUCGCACGGGUUUUCGGUCGACGCGUCGUUUGUUUUUCCGUAUAGGGCCACCUUUGAUUUCGAAGUUUAUUUUGAUCGCUCUAGUCUUCCCCAACCCCACAGCAACAACACGCGGUACACAGCACAACACGUUCCCCUGUCGGUGUCGGUAGCCAGUAACGUUCCGGAUUUUGAGUCGCCGGUUUGCUUCGUCAGCGACGGCGACUCGCAACACUUGAUCGAUCGCAUGGUCGAUCAUCUAGAAAAAAUCUCGGACCGGUCUUAUCUUUUAUUAUGCGAGCGGUUUAGUGACGUGCUUACAGAACUAGAUGCUGUCGAUCAACAACAAAACAACUCCCCUGACAGUAUUCAAAUUCCCACCGCCGCCCUCAGAGCCCGAUUCGACGACUACUUGCGUCAACUACCGGUCAUAGGGUUUAACUCGGGGAAAUAUGACAUCAAUGUCAUCAAACCCUACCUCGUUCGCCGGUUUGUCCUUUGCGAAAAAGAAGCAGACGAUGACGAUGUUGACGAGACAAAAAACCCAUUCAAGUUUGUGGUGAAGCGUCACAACGCAUUUUUGUGCAUUUGCACCCAAAAGCUAAAAUUUCUAGACGUCGUCAAUUUUCUCGCGCCGGGGUUUAGUUACGCAAAGUACUUGGCUGCCUACAACGUCACAGAACAAAAAGGUUUCUUCCCCUACGAAUACGUCACCUCUCUCGACACACUACAAGAACAGCAACUCCCUCCCCACGCCGCGUUUUAUUCGACACUCAAACAGAGCAACAUCACAGACGAGCAAUACGCCUACUGUCAACAGGUCUGGGAGACUCGCAACAUGACGUCGAUGCGAGAUUUUCUGAUGUGGUACAACAACCUCGACGUUGUGCCUUUUCUGCAAGCGCUCGACAACCAGAUCACGUUCUACGCUACUCUCGGUGUAGACAUGGUGAAAGACGCUAUUUCGGCUCCCGGCAUUACACUGCGCUAUCUCUUCAAAACUCUGUCUUCCGACGUCUACUUUUCGCUGUUUGAUGACAAAACGAAAGACAUCCACUCGCUGCUUCGCGACAACAUCACAGGGGGUCCCUCCAUCAUUUUUCACCGCCAUCACGAAAAAUCUCAGACAUGCAUACGCAACAACCUCAGCAAACCCGUACAAAGCAUAGAGGGCUUCGAUGCCAACGCCUUGUAUCUCUGGGCCUUAUGCCAAAACAUGCCGACGGAACACCCCAUCAUCCGGAAAAAAGACAAUAAUUUCAAGGGUGAAAAAGAGACGUGUACGGACAAAAGUGUCGCGAGUGGUUAGAGUGGGUC